AUGGGCGCCUUAUUCUCCUUCACUAGCUGCUUGAAAAGUUCUGCUAGACACUUUGACGCCUCGCUCUCGUGUCUCUUCCAGGCUUCUUCUGCUCUGUCGUCUGGGCCAGUGGCUUUGCCGGUUUUCAUGGCUUUGAGGGUGACAACGACAUCUGCGCUUCGAGUUUCGGAUUGGAGAAUGACGCAACUCUUCGUUGACGAUCUUCUCAAAAUGCCGUCUUCAUUGCUCGAUGAUAUCCUUGUGGUGGGUCAGCAGUUUCCCGUCUUCGUCCAUGACACACUGAAAGUGUCGAAGUGCUCGAUCUCCGCUAAGGCCACGGCUUUCUUUGCUUCGUGUUUCGAGAAUCGGUAG